UACCUGCACUGAGCCUAUUGACACCUCUAAAAAACCAAAGUGGAAAAUCUGUUCAGAGAUGUAUUUAUAAAGACUGGAAUUUGAUCCCGUCAAAAAGUUGCAUUCUUAACGUUCUGUUCUUGCGAUUCGCUGGGAAGAUGAUUGAUUUCAUUGGCACGCUCACGAGCCAAGGCUCUCCCCGUCCGCAUACCGAGGUUUCAUCAGAAUAAUCUGCAGCUACAUAUCGACCAACGUUCAUUUGGACGUCCCAGAACGCAUGUCUCUGUCUGUCAUCGUAAUCAAUACUGUCUAAAUCAAUAAUCUUAUUGACUUUUUUAUUUCUCCCCCCUGGUUUGGGAUGGCUGCAGACCAAGAUAACCGCAAGACAGUGUUGAUCACUGGAUGCUCCCCUGGUGGAAUUGGAAACUCUCUUGCGCGUGAAUUUCACCAGCAUGGCUUGCGUGUAAUUGCGACUGCGCGGGAUGCAAAUUCCCUAGAGGAUCUUGCCGCUCUAGGUAUUGAAACCUUGAGCUUGACGGUUGACGACGAAGACAGUGUCCACCUGUGCUUUGCGGAAGUCGAGAGGAGGCUGGGUGACAAAGGGCUGGAUUAUCUUGUAAACAACGCGGGCCGUAAUUAUACGGUUCCUGCCAUGGAGGCACAGCUCUCUGAGGCCCGUGCAACGUUCGAAACGAACCUGUUUUCCGUGAUCACCAUGUGCCAAACCUUCCUACCCUUGCUCAUCAAGGCAAAAGGUACUAUCGUCCAGAUAGGAUCUAUCGCAGGAAUAAUUCCCUAUGUAUUUGGAUCCGUCUACAACGCCUCCAAGGCUGCUCUACACUCUUUCAGCGACACCAUGCGGGUAGAGCUAGCGCCCUUCGGUGUAAACGUCACAACUGUCAUAACUGGAGGCGUCCAGUCCCGCAUCGCACGUGUUAAGCGUACUCUUUCACCUAACUCGAUCUACGCCCCCAUUGAAGAUCAAUAUAACCGCCGUGUAACACACAGCCAGGAUGGCGCUAUGCCUCAUGCUGCAUAUGCACGAAGCGUGGUUACACAGGUCUUGUAUGGUUCUGCGCCCUGGCGCUGGCUCUGGCCCUGGGCCCAAGGCCGGAAGAGUUGGAUCUGGGAGGGGAACAAGAGCUGGGUGGUCUGGUGUCUUAUGGGUGGAUGGGCUUGGACCGGUCUGUUCCAUCGCAUUAUGACAAGAAUGUUCGGAUUAGACAAGCUGAAGAGGGCUCUUGGAAAGUGAACGGGUUGUUCCCAACCUUGGGAGGAUGCUUUAGGAGUAGAUUGCGAGUUUGUGAUAUAUUAUAUAGCUAUCGUAUUGCAUGACAAUCGGCUGCCCAUAAUAAUUGCGUACCAACAGUACCCAACGCACCCCUCUCUGACCG